UCAGGUGGGCCAUCACAAUAUUUUGUUGUCCUGCUCCAGUUUGUUAUCAUUUGGAGGAAGGGCCAUGGUUCGGAGCGCAAUUCUCCUAAAUUUGCUGCGCUAUCCGCGCCGCUCGCUUACCCACCAUCCCUGCCGACGAUUUAGUCGGUUGUGCGCGCCUGCAUUAUGUGGGGUGCAUCCUCAAUCGUCUCCCUCCUCACUUCCCUUGCGGAAGACCCCCGUCCGGUUCCUGACGGCAUUUCCAGAACCCACACCGCCCGUACCGCCGGACAUUGCUACCCUCGCCAGCCAAACCGGCCAGCAUUCUUUUCCUUCGCCAUAUGAGCUGGUGGGCGACGAUCUGGCCGCGAUAUAUGAGGAAAUUCGCACGGAGCUGCAAUGCGAUCUGCCCGAUCUGGUGGACUUGGCGCGGUAUUACUUCACGGCGCAGGGUAAGGCCUUCCGUCCCAUGGUGGUGCUGCUGAUGGCGGCGGCCUGCGGCAGACAUAACGCCGAUUACUGUGAUGCCGUGGCUCACAAGCAGCGCAAAGUGGCCAUCAUUGCCGAGAUGAUCCACACCGCCAGCUUGAUCCACGAUGAUGUUAUCGACGAGGCCGAUACGCGGCGCAACAAGCCUAGUCUCCAUUACAUCUCCAGUUCCAAAAAGGCGGUACUGACCGGCGACUACAUUCUGUCGGUGGCAUCGCGGGAAUUAGCCCGGCUACGGCAUCCGGACGUGAUUAUCUGCCUGGCGCAGGUCAUUGAGGACUUGGUCAAGGGUGAACUGAUGCAGCUCGGCUCCACCGACGCCGGUCAGUCGGCGACGGCGCGCUUUGCUGCCUACCUCAGCAAAACUUACCACAAGACUGCCAGUCUCCUAGCCAACAGCUGCAAAGCGGUGGCCAUGCUGGGCGGCUGUUCGGCGGAAGUUGUGGAGGCGUCCUUUCAGUUUGGGAAGAAUCUGGGCAUGGCCUUCCAGCUGGUGGACGACAACCUGGACUACGUGUCCACUGACUCGCAGAUGGGCAAACCGACCUCCGUCGAUCUGAAACUGGGCCUGGCUACGGCCCCAGUCCUGCUUGCCGCUCAAACGGCCCCAGAGCUGAAUGCGCUCAUUGAGAGGCGUUUCCGGCAGGAUAAUGAUGUUGAACUUGCGCGAAAAAGCGUUUUCCAGGAAAAAGGUGUAGAGCAGGCCAAAGUGCUGGCGGCCAAGUACAGUCAAGAAGCGGUUCUCCAGCUGACAGCGCUGUGCCGUUCGCCCGAACAGGAAGCGUUGGUGAAAGUGGCCGAGAUGGUCUUGACGCGGUCGAAUUAAGCAGCGACGCGCAUUUGAUGGAACAAUGCCGGUUACAUAAUUUAUUUGCAUUUGUCACACACUGCAUUUAGUGCGCUGUACAAAAUCCUUUAUUCUUCGACUUCCCUGUAUCACCCAUGGUUUUAAUGUUUUCUUGCGUAAUAUUUUUUGUGAUUGUCGUUUUUUCUUGCUUUGAUUCAAAGAAGGCAGACGUUUCUAAAUAAAUAAAUGGCAUAUUACUUA